AUGGGGAGUGAUGGACAGAAGAGAAUUGCCAUCAUUGGCGUGUCUACCUUCUUGCUGGUGGCUAUGGUGGUAGCCGUGACGGUUAGCGUGAACUUCAGCAACAAGGGAGAAAUCGAGGAUGAAAAGGAAGCAUCAAAAUCUCACGUAGCUUCCUCGAUGAAAGCGGUGAAGACCCUUUGCGCACCCACCGAAUACCAGAAAGAAUGCGAAGACAGUCUGAAUGCCAACGCCGGCAACGUCACGGACCCCAGGGAACUAAUAAAAAUCGCCUUUAACGUCACCAUUAGUAGAAUCAGCGACGGACUUGGAAAAACGCAGCUCAUGCAGGAAGUCGAGAGCGACCCCAGAACCAAAGAGGCCCUCGACACAUGUAAACAACUCAUGAACCUCUCCAUCGAGGAGUUCAGGCGCUCCAUCGACAGGUUCAACAAGUUCGACCUCAACAGCCUUGACCGCAUCCUCACCAGUCUCAGGGUGUGGCUCAGUGGCGCCGUCACGUACCAGGAAACGUGCCUUGAUGCGUUCGAGAACACCACAACCGACGCUAGCAAGAAGAUGCAGGGGCUCUUGCAAACCUCCAUGCACAUGACCAGCAACGGCCUCUCUAUCAUCAACGAGCUGGCAAAAACUCUCUACGAGAUACGCGGCAACAAGCCUGGGCGCCGCCUCCUGAACUCUGCCGAUGGCUUGCCCCUUUUUGGCCAGGAAGCCGGUGACUUUGACGUUCCCGAUUGGGUUGAGAACCGCGUUGGCGUUCGCAGACUCAUGAAAAUGACUGGUCGCAAAAGCAUGGCACAUGUUGUUGUUGCCCAGGAUGGCAGCGGCAAUUUCACCACCAUCAACGAUGCUUUGAAGUCCGUGCCCAAGAAAAAUCUAAGGCCCUAUAUUAUCUACGUCAAGGAGGGUCUUUACAACGAGUACGUCGAAGUUGCCAGAAAUAUGACCCAUGUCGUCAUGAUAGGCGAUGGUGGUAAAAAGACAAGAAUCACAGGCAGCAAAAACUUCGUCGACGGAGUUGGUACCUUCAGAACCGCCAGCGCUGCUAUUCUUGGAGAUUUCUUCGUUGGCAUAGGUAUCGGAUUUGAGAACACUGCCGGCCCUGAAAAACAUCAGGCAGUUGCAUUGAGGGUUCAAUCCGACAGGUCCAUCUUCUACAAGUGCCGAAUGGAUGGGUAUCAAGACACUCUCUACGCCCACACCAUGCGCCAAUUCUACCGCGACUGUGUCAUUUCUGGCACCAUCGACUUUGUCUUCGGUGACGCAGUGGCUGUUCUCCAGAACUGCACAUUCGUGGUCCGAAAACCCUUGUCAAACCAGCAAUGCAUUGUGACCGCACAAGGCAGAAAGGAGGUUAACCAGCCAUCCGGUCUAGUCAUCCAUGGAGGGUCCAUUGUGUCAGACGUCAAGUACUACCCAUAUAGGUUCGACAACAAGGCCUACUUGGCUCGUCCAUGGAAGAAUUUCUCAAGGACCAUCUUCAUGGACUCUUACAUUGGUGACUUGAUCACACCCGAUGGCUACAUGCCAUGGCAAACAUUGGAGGGCUUUUCCGGAAUGGACACUUGCUUUUACGCUGAGAUCGACAACCGCGGCCCUGGUGCAGACAAAACGAAGCGCGUGAAAUGGCAGGGAAUCAAGACCCUCCCAGAAAACGAAGCAUCUACAUUCCUGCCAACUCUGUUCUUCCAUGGAGAUGACUGGAUUAGGGUGACUAGGGUUCCUUACGACUCUGGUAUGAUCCCCGUCGCUCACUGA